CUAAACUGACAAAACGUAAAACAGUUACGUUUCCUCGUGAGAUUAGGCUGGUCAAACAACUUCAACAGCAAAUCAAAGGUUCAUUACAACUUAAAUCUGAUAAAAAUAUAUGUUGCAUCCACAUUUAAUCAUGUUAUAUCACUAUAUUGCCUAACUUCAUUUAUUUGUUUAUUUUUUGCCAUCGUCUGAAUGGUACAUCGUGAACCACAACAAGGCUUCCUGCUUCUUCUAGGUUUGAUUUAUGUACUUUUGCUCCAAACCACAUCCUGUGCUCAACUGCUGCUUCAGUCUGCAAUGGCAUCGUUGGAUUUGCGACUGAAUUCAAACAGUUGAUUUUCCGCUUUCAGUGUUUGUAUUUAACAAAAAUUAAACUUAAGAGCAAUAUCAGACUUUCCAUUUGAGUCAAACGAUGGCACAGAGACUUCAAAACAGAGACUUAUCAUAUGAAGUAAACCAAUGCACAGCCGACAUUAAAGCGUGUAGAUUUAUAGUUCUUGGAGGCAACGAGGUUCUGAUGAGAGAAGUUUGUGAAACCAUCCUAGGGACAAAAGCGAAUAUCACAGAACAUGGGUCAUGUGAGUUGAGAGAGGCUCAUGAUAGCGGACGGCACAUCUCUGUUGUAAAAACACCCACUAAUUGGCUGGAACGCCUGAAAACGCACCCUUUCUUAAGCCAUCAAGUCAAAUCUUUGAAAAUCGAGAUGGACUGCAGUAGCUUGCUGAUUUUUCCUGGGCCUCAUGCAUUUCUGUUAGUGCUUGGAGAUGUGCAUAACACCGGUAAAGAGCAUUAUCUGCUACGAGCUCUUAGAGAUGCAUUUGGAGAGGAGGUGUUAAACUACACUAUGGUGGUAUUUAUGCAUGAAUAUGAGGAAGAGGAUAUAAAAAUGAACCGUUGUGUCAAAAAGUGUCACGAAAGGUACCACAUUUUAAAAAACAGUGAGGACAGUGUUAUAAAGCUCUUCCAAGACGCUACUAAGACGAUAAAAAAGAGAAUGCGCAAUCUUUUCUUUACAAAAGAUCGUAGCAUGCUGGAAAAAGCUGAAAUGUAUUUUACACAGGAAUAUAUAUCGGAAUAUGAGGAAUUUAAAACAACAGAGGAAGGGCUGAGAAUAAAAGUGACAGAAAUGGAAAACCAAAUUUCUGAAAACCUGAAAGAUUCACAGCGACUUCGUGAAGAAUUACAGGCUUCAAAAAGCAGAGAGAAUCAGUUAAAUCAGCAAAUGGACGCUUUAAAAAAAGAGAAAUCUGAGCUGGAGGAGGAGCUGUGUGCACUCAGGUAUCUUAAGAGAUUGUUAGAAAAUCUGACCAACGAGAGAGAAAGUCAGUUGAAGUCUGAUAAUGAAAAGCUUAAACAAGAACUGGAGCAACUCACAGCCAAUAAUCAGAGGCAAUCACAGGACAGUGUGGCAUUUCUCCUCACCAAAACACAGCAUCACAAAUCACAGGAGCAAAAAGAAGAACAGGCCCCAGUGCAAGAACAUGAAAGACUGAGAGAUUUGACUGUCAGAGAGAUGAAACUAGACCACAGAGAGAGAGAAAUGUUGCCCUCUUGUGUCUCGACAUUCCAAGUACCUGAAGACAAAACCAAACCUCAAGAAGACUGUGGAUCAAUUGUGUUGGAAGAAAAAAACGUGUCUGAAAUUAAAGUCAAAGCUCUGAGUCAAACAGAAUGUGAGAUGGAAAACAAAAGAACAGUUGAAAUGUUGAAACUUACGAGAGAGGGCAGUAAAAAAGUACCAGUCAACAUGUCUAAAGAUAAGAAAAAGCAAGGCGACACUGGAUCAUUUGUGCUGGAAGGAUUGAAGCUUGUGGGACAAAACAGUGGGAAUCAGUCUACAGGACAUUUACAUGGGAGCCCUAAAGGACCUGACUCUGCAUAUUUUGAGUCUUGAAUCCUCUGUUAAAUAUCCUACAAACACAAGCAGGCUCUACUCCCAGCAAAAGAUGAUGAUCAAAACUUCACGUCAGCAUGUGUUUUUGAUGCUUUUUAAAAAAAUUUUAUAAGCUAAUCUAGUUAGUUUUAAAGUUGUGCCUAAGAUACUAAAUCAUGUUUAAUUUUUACAAGUAAUUUUAACGUACUUCAAUUAAACAAAGGCAGCAACUUUAAACUAUCAGUAUCAUCAAAUUAUUGCAUGUUUAAGUGUUUUGACAGUAUAUAACUGCCUAAAAUCAUUUGCUUAUCUGAAAAUAUGUUAUUUAGUUUUUGAUAAUGAAAAUACAUGUUGGUUGUGUGUUUUAUAAAGUGUUAAAUUCAAUACAAAUUUGUGUUUUAGUUACAGUAUUGGUAGGUACUCUAUAGUGCAAGCAUAUUACUGUCUGUAAUAAUGUAUGUAUGUGCAUAUUCUCUGUGUAUUUGCUAGUUUUGUAUACUGUGUAUAUAUUGACAAAAUUAUUUGUGUCGUAUAAUGUGUUGUAGAUAUAGUACUGUAAAUAGCAUGUAAGCACAGUCAUAAUCUCACAUGAACUAAUAAAUAUUUCUUACACCAAAAUGUGGUAAAAAAUG